AUGUUUUCAUGUAACCGAAAAGGCAUUAUUCAGGUUGUAAGAGGUUCUUGGGUUCCUUCUCAACAUGAAAUGUUGCGUCCAUCAUUUACGACGAAGGCAUGUGUAGUAGCUUCGUUAGUGUUUACACUGGAAAGAAAUAGUAUGUAUGUUACGGCUCCUCACGAUCUCGUUUACUUGUGUGUUGUUGCAUUUUUCAUCUAUUUCAAACUCUCCGCUCUCCUGCUUGGAGUAACGGAUCCUUUUGCUCCAAUUGAAAAUCUUUUCUGCGCCGUAUUCAUGGGAGGAAUCUAUGAUGCGCUUUACAAAGCUGUGGAUGCGACCAGAGAAGAGGCGAAUUCAGGAAAGAAGAAACUUGAUGACGAUCUUGUCGAUGAUAAGAAGUGGAAGAAGAACGAUAAAAAGACCAAAUAA